CAUAUAUAUCCAAAAUACACAUACUUAAUAUAUAAAAUUUAUUAAGUUUUUUCUAUAAUAUGCUAGUUAUUAUUUAAAUUGGAAUAAUUUCUAAUUAAAUAAGAAGAGCAAAUAAGACAGAGAACAAAGUUUAUAGUGAAGAUCAUUGUGAAUUAAAAUAAUAAAUUAAGAACAAGAAUAGAAAAACAAAAAAACAAAAAAAAAACGAAAAAUUAGGAAAAUAUAAAAAAUGGAGUCUAAACCGUGGACAAUGCAUUCACAUUCAACAGACGAUGAGGCCCCCAAAGAUCCGGGGAAAUAUCUUCCAGGUUUUACGGAACAAGAUAUUGAAGGACAUCGAGCACAUACAGUAUUCGUAGGAGUUCACAUUCCAGGUAGCAGAAGACAUUCACAUAGACGGCAUAAAUCACAUCAGGCACGUAAUGGAGAAGGUGGUGAUAAAAACCUACCGGAAACAGAAAGACCAAGUAUUGAAAUUAAAGGGCCACCACCCAUUAUAUCAAGACGACGCAUUAGUUUAGCACCUGAUGAUGGGGACAAUUUUACCCCACCGGCUCAACGAGUUCAAUUUAUACUUGGAGAAGAUAUUGAUGAUAGACAACAUGAAUCCCAUCCAUUAUUUUCUGAAAUGGAAACACUUGUUAAAGAAGGUGAUGAACUUGAAUGGAAAGAAACAGCACGUUGGAUUAAAUUUGAAGAAGAUGUUGAAGAAGGUGGUAAUCGUUGGUCAAAACCACAUGUAGCAACAUUAUCAUUACAUUCAUUAUUCGAAUUACGUAGUUUAAUAUUGAAUGGUUCUGUAAUAUUAGAUAUGGAAGCAAAUACAAUUGAAACAUUAGCUGAUUUAGUAUGUGAAAAUAUGGUCAAUUCUGGUACAUUACCAAGGGAAUCACGUGAUAAAGUACGUGAAGCAUUAUUAAGACGUCAUCGACAUCAAAAUGAAAAUCAUUUAAAAAAAAAUAUGAGUAUGCUUCCAAUAAUUAGAUCAUUAGCUGAAAUUGGUAGAAAUCAUUCAUCGAAUAAAAAUUUACACCACCAAGCACGUGCGACUUCAACACAUUCAUUGCAUGGAUUCGAUGAUAGAUAUUCACCUCAACUUUCUUAUUAUAGUCAAUCUUAUCCAGAACAACAUGGUUUUCUUUCGGUACCAAAACCAGUGGAUGAUCAUUCAGCAAGUACACCUGGCUUAACCCCAUCAUCAUUUGCAUUAUCCAGUAGUAUCAAUAAAUCAUCCGGAAAUAAUGACAAUGGCAAUGGAAAAUUUUUAACAGUGCCUGGAAAAAUUACUACUUCGUCAUUAGUACCAAAUCCUUCUGAAAAAAUGAUAAGCAGUCCCAGUUCACAAUCAAUGCAUAGAAAUACCAGUGACAGUAAUUUAAAUGAUCAAAAACAUAAUUUAAAUUUUAUGCGUAAAAUACCACCUGGUGCGGAAGCAAGCAAUAUUUUAGUUGGUGAAGUUGAUUUUCUUGAAAAGACAUUAUCUGCAUUUAUUCGCUUAAGACAAGCUACAGUAAUGGGAAAUUUAACCGAAGUUCCAGUUCCGACAAGGUUUCUUUUCAUUUUACUUGGACCACCUGGUAGUCAUACAAGUUUUCAUGAAAUAGGUCGAGCAAUGGCAACACUUAUGUCCGAUGAAAUAUUUCAUGAAGUUGCAUAUCGUGCAAAACGUCGUGAUCAUUUAUUAGCUGGUAUUGAUGAAUUUCUUGAUGCUGUAACAGUAUUACCACCCGGUGAAUGGGAUCCUACAAUAAGAAUUGAACCACCUGCAGCAAUACCAUCACAAGAGGUACGUAAACGUCCACCAGAAAAACCAAAAAAAGAAGAAGAAGAUGAAGAGGAAGAAGAACAGAGAUUACGUGAAGAAUCUGGUUUAUCAAGAACUGGUCGUUUAUUUGGUGGUUUAAUUAACGAUGUUAAACGUAAAGCGCCAUGGUAUUUUAGUGAUUUUAAAGAUGCAUUAGCAUUACAAUGUAUUGCUUCGUGGAUAUUUUUAUAUUUUGCUUGUUUAUCACCAAUUAUUACUUUUGGGGGUUUGCUAAGUUCAGCAACUGGUAAAAAUAUGGCUGCUAUGGAGUCACUUGUUUCAGGAUUUGUUUGUGGUAUUGGUUAUGGAUUUUUUUCUGGUCAACCAUUAACGAUACUGGGUUCAACCGGACCUGUUUUAGUUUUUGAAACAAUAGUUUUUGAAUUUUGUAAAGGACAAGGUCUAGAUUAUAUGUCAUUUAGAUUUUGGAUUGGAACAUGGAUUGCAAUUAUUUUAUUAAUAUUGGUAGCAAUUGACGCUAGCGCAUUGGUUUGUUAUAUAACACGAUUUACGGAAGAAAAUUUUGCGACAUUAAUUGCUUUCAUUUUUAUAUAUAAGGCUGUAGAAAACGUUUUGGAAAUUGGUAAAACAGCGCCUAUACAUCCUAAACAAGUUUAUGACUGUUUAUGUACACCGCCUCACAAUGGUAAUGGCACCGAACUAGAUUGGGCAAAAUAUAACAAAGAACAAUGCUUGUUUUAUAAUGGUACUUUAGUUGGAAAAGAUUGCCAUUUACCAUUAAGCGCAAAUGUAUUUCUUAUGUCUAUAAUAUUAUUUUUGGGAACAUUUGUAACGUCAAUUAUAUUAAAAGAUUUUAAAAACGCAUUAUUUUUUCCAUCAGCUGUACGACAAUUUAUAAGUGAUUUUUCUGUAAUAAUUGCUAUACUUAGUAUGACAGUACUUGAUUUUACGAUUGAUGUAGCUACACCAAAAUUAGAAGUUCCAAGUAAAUUUCAACCAACAUUAGAAACACGUACGUGGAUAAUACCACCAUUUAAUGGAAAUCCAUUUUAUACAUGUAUAAUAGCUGUUUUCCCGGCAUUAUUAGGAACAAUAUUAAUAUUUAUGGAUCAACAAAUAACAGCUGUAAUUAUUAAUCGUAAAGAGAAUAAAUUGAAAAAAGGAUGCGGUUAUCAUUUGGAUUUAUUCAUUUUAGCAAUAUUAAUACAAAUUUGUUCAAUUAUGGGUUUACCAUGGUUUGUUGCUGCAACAGUUUUAAGUAUUAAUCAUGUGAAUUCAUUAAAAGUUGAAUCUGAAUGUGCUGCUCCAGGUGAAAAACCACAAUUUUUAGGUGUUAGAGAACAAAGAGUUACACAUAUUCUUAUAUUCUUAAUGAUUGGUUUAUCUGUUUUAUUAACACCAUUAUUAUGUCAUAUUCCUAUGCCAGUACUAUAUGGCGUUUUCUUAUAUAUGGGAGUCUCUUCUUUAAAGGGUCUUCAAUUUUUUGAUAGAAUUUUAAUAAUGUUUAUGCCAAUAAAAUAUCAACCAGAUUAUAUGUUUUUAAGACAAGUUCCAAUUAAACGUGUGCAUUUAUUUACAAUAAUACAAUUGGCAUGUUUAGCUGUAUUAUGGAUAAUAAAAUCAUUUAAACAGACAUCAAUAUUAUUUCCAUUAAUGUUAGUUGUUAUGAUUGGUAUAAGGAAAGCAUUAGAUUUUGUAUUUACAAGACGUGAAUUAAAAAUACUUGAUGAUAUUAUGCCAGAAAUAAUAAAACGUCAGCAACAUGAUGAUUUACAUCGUUUAGAGGAUGGUACAACUGAGGAUAAUGGACAUCAUGUGAAUAAUGCGUAUCUGGCAUCAAAUAGUAAUAUUCAUAUUGCUGUAACAUUAGCUAAUGGUGCAAUAACACAAACUCCUAUUAACAUAUCUGAAGAAGUUAAUAAAACAACAAUAUGGAAACAAGUGAAUAAAGAUAAUCAAAAAGCACAGUAUAAAUUAAGUAACGAUUAUGCUGGAGAAUCAGGAAAUAAAACGGUAACGUCAUCAUCAUCAACAUUGGCAACAACUGCAACGGAAACUAUUUCAGUUCCAAGCUCUAUGAAAGUUCAAAAAAAACAAACAAUAGUAAAGCAAAGGAAUUCUGGUGUGGAUAUAACACUAAUAAGAAAGGAAUUGGACUCUCAAAUGAAACAACAGUGUGAAUCUCAUGAAUCUUUAAUUUAAUUUAAAAUUAUUCAAAAAAUAUAUAAUAAAAUUUUUUAAUAAUUAUUUUAAAAAUUGUGUAAAUUUUCUUUUAUUUAUUUAUUUUAAGAUUAGAUUAUUUAUAAUACAAAUGUACAUAAUAUACACAUAGAAUAUAUAAUUAUUAUAUUAUGUAUUUUAAUAUUUUUUAAUAAAAUAUCAAUAUUAUAAUCGGAAUCCACAAUUAUUUAUGAAAUUAACAAAACAAAAAUAAAACAAAACUAAAAAUAAACUAAAUUCAAUUAAUUUGAUUUUAAUUGUCGUAAUAAUUAUUUCAAAUACAAAUUAUAUGA